UUCGUGUUCCUGACGUACAUCCUGGGAAUCGCCUGGCUUGGUGUUUUCGGCUUCUCUGCGGUUCCCGUGUUCCUUUUCUACAACAUGUGGUCGACUUGCGCUGCCAUGCGUUCUCCGAUGGCCAACCUCACCUCCAUCGAGAAUAUCUGUGUGGAUGUGCGGCAGUACGGUAUUAUUCCAUGGAACGCAACACCGGGCAAAGCUUGCGGCUCAACGCUAGGUGAUAUCUGCAACACCAGCGAGUUCUACCUGUCUUAUCAUCUGUAUAUCGUCGCCUGUGCCGGAGCCGGAGCGACAGUCAUUGCUCUGAUCCAUUACCUAAUGAUCCUUUCUGCAAACUGGGCCUACCUAAAGGACGCCAGUCACUUGCAUGCGUACCAAGACAUCAAAAUGAAGGAGGAGCGGGAGCUGCAGGACAUCCAGUCGCGCUCCAAAGAGUGCCUCAACUCCUACUAGUAAGGAGGGUUAACGCUGCCAACCAACCAACCAACCAACCACUAACCAGCCCUAACUCACUAAUCCGCUCAGCUAACCCGCGGUCUGCGCCCGUCCCUCCUUCACGCUCUCAUCUCGUGCUCUUACGCUUUCCUCUCGUAGCCCUUUAUGAGCCAGCGCUGGCUGGUGAAUCUCAAACGUUGCACUAAUGGAAACACGGCGGAAAUGCAAAUCACAGUCUGUUUAGACCAAAAUAUGAUUUGCCUUAAAACAUCAGAAACAUGAGUAGAAUUUAAGUGCAUGAUUUGUCAUGUUACACGGUAUGCUCUUUUUUGUUCUUUUUUUUUCUUCAAAUCUGAAAAUAUUCCCACUCAUUUUUUAAUAAUAUAAUUUUGAAGAGAUAUAAUGAGCAGUCUUCAGUCACAGUGAUCUGAACUAAAUUCAGCUGGUUGUUUUUGUAUGUUUGGAUUUGUUCAUGUGUGAUAUGUGCUGUUUGCUGCCUACUGUUGUUUGGAAAUAGUAUGUGAACCCAACACAUUAUGCAGUGACGUUUUGCAUGUUUGUUUCAGCAAGUGGCAUCUGAUGGAAGCUUGUUUCCAACACAAAAUAAACUUUUCACACUUUUGAAGAGUCAGAAACUGUGAGAUAAAAAAGUGCAAUUACUUAAAAUAAAUAAAUAAAUAAAUCCACUGUAGCAAAAACAAAAAAAUGAGAUUUUUGACAGAAUUGUGAGUUGCAGAUUUGGAAUUAUGAGUUUAUAGCUUGCAAUAUACACUCACAAUUGUGAGAGGGAAAAAAAAUAUAUAAUUAAUAUUUCUGAAAAAAAAAAAAAAAAUUGUGGGGGUAUAACAUCAAACCUGCAAGUUAAAAAAAAAUAAUUGUGAGGGGAAAAAAAAGUCUGAAUUCCAAGGUACAAACAAGUUGUAGUUCGUAAUUCUGAGAAAUAAGUCUGAAUUUUGAGAAGAAGUUGAAAUGGUAAAAUGUAAACUCAAAACUACAAGAUAUGAAGUCAAAAUUGCAAGAAAAAAAAAUAAUAAAAAAAAUAAAUUGCAAGGUAUAAUUCACUGAGAAAAAAAGUCAGAAUGUUAAGGGAAAAAAAGUAAAACUUACGAAAUGAGAAAAUUCAAAAUUUUGAGAAAGUUGAAAUUAUGAGAGAAAAAAUUAAAAGUUUGAGGUUUUAUAAUUCAUAAUUUUAGAGGAAAAAAGUCAGAAUUUUAAGAGAAAAAAAUAAAACUAGAUAAAAACAAGAUAUAAUUCAUAUUUCUGAGAAAAGUCAAAAUUUUGUGAAAGUUGAAAUUAUGAGGAAAAAAUGUCAGAGUCUGAAUUGCAAGAUAUAAUUCAUAAUUCUGAGAAAAAAAAGUCAAAAUUGCAAGAAAAAAAACAUCUGAGAAAAAAGGUCAGUUUCGAGAGGGAAAAAAAGUAAAAAAUGCAAGAUAUAAAGUCAAAAUGACAAGAUGUUAAAAAACUUUGAAUUUCAAGAUAGAAUUCAUAUUUCUGACAAAACUUUUGAGAAAAGUCAAAACUGCAAAAUAGAAACCCAGAAUUUCAAGACACAAUAAGUCACUCUGAGGGAGAAAAGUCAGAAUUUUGAGGGAAAGCUGAAAUGGUAAAAUGUAAACUCAAACCUGCAAGAAAAAAAAAAAUCGUAAAAAAAGUCACUGAGGAAAAAAAGGAUCAAUAUUUUGAGGGGGAAAAAGAAAUCAAAAUUGUAAAAUAAAAACGUAGAAUUGCAAGAUACAAUUAGUAUUUGUGAGAAAAGUCCACAUUUUGAGAAUGUUGAAAUCGCAAGAAAAAAACUUGAGAAAAAGUCUGAGUUUUGAGAGACAAAAGUCAAAUUUGUGAAAUUUGAAGUCUGAAUUGCACAAUAUAAUUUAGAAUUCUGAUGGAAAAAAAAUGUCAGAAUUUUGAAAGAAAAAAAAAUAGAUAUAGUCAAAAUUACGUUACAUUCAUAGUUCUGACAAAAAUGUCAGAAUUUUGAGAAAAAGUCAAAAUUGUGAAAUAUAAAUUAAAAAUUGCAAAAUGAAAACCCAGAAUUUCAUGACUGAAUCCGUAAUUCAGACAAAAAUUUUCUGAAUUUUGAGAAAAAGUUGAAAUUGUGAAAUAUAAACUCAAAAUUGCAAGAAAAAAAUCUUAGAAUUGCACGAUGUGAUUCAUAUUUUUGAGAAAAUAAAUUGUGAGAGAAAAGUCAAAAUUGUGAGAUAAAAAAAAGUUUAGAGAGAAAAAGUAAAAAAAUACAAAUAAAAGAUAUAAGUGCAAGAUAUAAAUUACAAAAUGUAAAACAAACCCUCAGAAUUUCAAUAUAGAAUUUAAAGUUUUGACCAAAAUGUCAGAAUUUUGAGAAAAAAAAAAAUUGCAAAAUAAAAACCCAGAAUUUCAAGAUAUAAGAAGUAAUUCUGAAGGAGAAAAAAGGUCAGAAUUUUGAAGGGGGGAAAAAAAAACUCUGAAUUGUGAAAUAAAAACUGACCUGCAUGAUAUAAUUUGUAUUUCUGAGAAAAGUCAAAAUUUUGAGAAAGUUGGAAAUGCAAGAGAAAAAACUUGGAAUCAAAGAAGUCAAAUUUGCAAGAUAAAAACGUCUGAGAAAAAAAGUAAAUUUUGAGAGAAAAAUGUAGAGUCAAAAUGACAAGAUGUUAAAUAACUCAGAAUUUUAAGAAUGAAUUCGUAUUUCAGACAAAAAUGUCAGAAUUUUGAGGAAGUCAAAAUUGCGAAAUAAAACCCCGAAAUUUUAAGAUCUAAGUAAUUCUGAGAAAAAUGACUGAUUUAAAAAAAAAAAGUUGAAAUGGUGAAAUAUAAACUUGAAACUUCAAUAUAUAAAGUCAAAAUUGCAAGAAAAAAUCUUUAAAUUAUAAUUCAUUGAGAAAAAAGUCAGAAUUUUGAGGAACAAGUCAAAAUUGUGAAAUUAAAUAACUUAUAAUAGAAUUGCAAGAUAUAAUUUGUAUUUCUGAAAAAAGUUCAAAUUUGAAGAAAAUUGGAAUUGCAAGAGAAAAAUUCAGAAUUUUUUCAAAAAAAGGGAGUUUUGAGGAAAAAAAAACAUUUGCGAAAUAUCAAGACUGAAUUGCAAAAUAAUUUUUUUAUUUCUGAGAAAAAAAGUCUGAAUUUUGAGAGAAAAAGUAAAAAUUGCAAGAUAUACAGCAAAGUCAAAAGAUGUUAAAAAAACAAGAAUUCCAAGAUCAAAUUCAUAGUUCUGACAAAAAUGUCAGAAUUUUAAGAACAAGUCAAAAUUGCAAAAAAAAAAUCCAGAAUUUCAAGAUAAAAUAAGUAUUUUUUAGAAAGAUUCUGGAUUUUGAGCAAAAAUUGAAAUGGUGACAUUUAAACUUAAAACUACAAGAAUUACAAGAAAUAAUUUACUGAGAAAAAAAAAGUAAAAAUUUUGAGAAAAAGUUGUGAAAUUGCAAGAUAUAAUUCAUAUUUAAUUUUCAAAUUUAAUUUUAUAAUUAAUGUUUUAAAUUUUGGGAAAUUUAAAAUAAUAUAAAGUCAAAACUGCAAAAUAAGAACUCAAGAUAUAAAACAUUUCAAGAUAUAAUAAUUUAUUCCAAGAGAGAAAAACAUCUGAAUUUUGAGGAAAAAGUCAGUAAAAGUAAAUUGUGGAAUAUAAAGUCAAAAUUGUGACAUAAAGUCUUCAUUUGUGAGAUGUGAACUUGCAAUUAUGAGAUUUUAACUUGCAAUUGCAAUUGUGAAAUAAAAAAUGCAUUUUUUUUUUUUUCAUUGUUUGAUGGGAAAAAAACAGAAUUGACACAAAUUAAAAAAAAAAAAAAAAAAAAAAAAUAUUUUGAAAAGUCACAAUUAUCUUUUUAUUUUAUUGUUUUAUUUUAUUAUUUUAUUUAUUUUGUGGUGGAAACAAGCUUCUAUAGCAUUCAGAUAUUCUUCUUGGAAACAUUUUUUUAUUGCAUUUUUAAAUCCAGUUUUGUUAAAAGUGUUUUUGUGUGGCUGUGGGUUGAGCGCACUGCAUUGUGGGAUACUGCAGAAAUGCUGAUAGUGUUUGUGUGAUGAUGAGCACAUAUUCUCACACUACCUCACAUCACCUGUGUCAAAUGACUCUGUCCUUUCAACAAUCCGCUGUCCCGCAAUUCAUGUUCACUGCGCAGAAUUUGUUUUUUACCUGAACAAAAGUACAGUGUAUAUACUGUCCCAAAAAGAAGUAAAGGCAAAAACACGACUAAUUCAAGUAAGUCUAUUUUACGUGAAGUCUCUAAAUGCACAUUCAUUUAAUGCUUAUGGAAAGGUGUUUUUAUAAUUGUCAUUAAAUUGUAAUUAUUGUAAUACAGUCAUUUUUAAUGGCAAAUCUUACCACGAUUGUAUAAAUACUUUAUAGUUUUUUUGUGUUGAAGUAAUGAAAUUUGGAGAGUUGGUUUAUCAAUUUUAUUUUAUUUUACCCAGUUUUGUUUGUACCAAAUUCUGUAAAGUGUAACACACCACUGCUGCUCAUCUCUGGACUUGUGUUUUAUUUUAUUUUAUUUUAUUUUCAUUACUUUUUUAUUUUAUUUUCAUUACUUUUUCAUUUAUUUUAUUUUCAUUUAAGUUUUGUUUCAUUUUAUUUUAUUUUAUUUUAUUUUGUUUUAUUUUCAUUACUUUUUUAUUUUUUAUUUUAUUUUCAUUACUUUUUAUUUAUUUUAUUUUAAUUUCAUUUAUUUUGUUUCGUUUUAUUUUUAUUUUGUUUUAUUUUACUUUAUUUUAUUUUGUUUUGAUUUGUUUUGUUUUAUUUUAUUUUCAUUUCUUUUUCUUUUUUAUUUUAUUUUCAUUACUUUUUAUUUAUUUUAUUUUCAUUACUUUGUUUAUUUUAUUUUAUUUUCAUUACUUUUUCAUUUAUUUUAUUUUAAUUUUAUUUAUUUUGUUUCAUUUUUAUUUUAUUUUGUUUUUUGUUUUGUUUUGUUUUAUGUUCAUUACCUUUUCAUUUGUUUUAUUUUCAUUUAUUUUAUUUUAUUUUAUUUUAUUUUUAAUAGUGCACUAGAAUUGCAUCGGUGUGAAUAUGAACUGACCAGCAAAAAUACUUUUCAAUAUUUUUUUUUUUUUUUUUGGAGGGACACAACAAUAACAAAAUGUGCAAUUGUAAAUACUGACAAAACAGCUCUUUUUUCACACUAGGUUUACGGUUUUAUUCAUUCAGAAUCUGGUCAUACUGGAGGUCAUUUGUAUUGACGUUGUAGGCAGCAUUUGCCAGAUUUUAACGUUAUAAUAUGCUUUGUUUUCUUCUUAGAGUUUGUUCAGUUCAUGUAAUGUUUAUUGCUGUUAAUGUAAUUCACAUUUACUGUAUGAAUUCUGUAUAAUAUUGUCUUUUUAACCUUAUAGUCUGCCAAUAUUUGUAAUUCAUUUUAGGGGAUUCCCUUAGUUUUUACUGCUAUUUUGAAAUUAAAUAAAAGGGAAAAAAAAGAAAAAAGCCCAAACUGCUUAUAUAAAACUCUUUUAUAAGCCCCUAGAGUUUUUUUUUUGUUUUGUUUUCCCCAAAUGUUUUCAUGAAUUAUGCAUGUGUUUUGAAUGCUUUAAACUUCAAUCCUGUGAUUUCUGGGAUGUUAUAAUGGACUGUGAACAUUAAAAAACGGCCCAAAACUGAUGAUUUGAUGUCAGAGAUGCUGAACAUGUGUUCAGUCCUUCAAACCAACUAUUGUAUUUUAUACAAAAAUAAAUCAGAAUAAAAGACUUUCUGGGU